UAGGGUUUGCUUUUCAGCUUCUCUUUUCGUCGUUACUUCGCAGGAGGUUGAUGCACGCGUUGCUUCGUCAGCUACUUUGUGGUCGUGGCUGUUCGACUUCGCUCCUUCGACGAUUUUCCCUUACUGUCGGAUCAGAAAAUACGACAUUUUUAUCGGAAGCAACAACGGUAGCUCGCUAGGAGCUCGCUGACUGUGAAGGUAACUUUCUACCUUUCGCGCGCUUCUUCGGCCAAAUCCCAUAAAUCCGCCGAACCGAGGGAUUUGAGCCGUAAAUCCUUAAAUCCAAGAGGAAUUCAGACCCAAAAAGCAUAGAGAGCGCAGCGCGAUGGCAGCGGCGGAUGCCGAGGCGGCGAAGCGAGCACUGACCUCGACUCGCUUCUCUGACCUGAACCCUCCUCUUUCUGAACCCGUACUGGAAACCCUAACCGAUGGUGGCUUCGAGUUUUGCACGCCAGUCCAGGCAGCCACUAUCCCUUUGCUCUGCAACCAUAAGGACGUCGCCGUCGACGCUGCUACCGGCUCUGGAAAAACGCUGGCGUUUGUCGUGCCCUUCAUUGAGAUACUUCGGCGCUCCUACUCGCACCCAAAACCCCACCAGGUCCUUGGAAUCAUCGUUUCUCCUACAAGGGAAUUAUCAACACAAAUAUACCAUGUUGCAGAACCAUUCUUCUUAACAAUCAUUGGUGCUAAGGCAGUGCUUCUUGUUGGUGGAGUGGACAUUAAAACUGAUAUAAAAAAGAUAAAGGAAGAAGGUGCAAACAUACUUGUAGGUACUCCUGGAAAGAUGCAUGAUAUAAUGGAAAGGCUUGACAUCCUUGAUUAUCGCAACUUUGAGAUUUUGAUUCUAGAUGAGGCGGAUAGACUGCUUGAAAUGGGAUUUCAAAAACAAAUCACUUCUAUUAUAUCUUGCCUACCAAAGCUCCGACGGACAGGUCUUUUUUCAGCUACUCAAACUGAGGCUAUUGAAGAACUUUCCAGGGCUGGUUUAAGAAAUCCUGUUAGGAUUGAGGUUCGAACAGAGUCUAAGCCAAUGGCAAAUCUGGCAUCCUCAGAAGAAUUAACCUCAACAAGAACACCUUUUGGCCUUCAUAUGGAGUAUUUGUUAUGUGAAGCCGAGAAAAAGUCAUCUCAUCUUGUUGAAUUCUUAUUACAAAACAUUUCAAAAAAGAUAAUAAUCUACUUCAUGACCUGUGCUUGUGUUGACUACUGGGGCAGUGUUCUACCACAGCUUUCUGUUCUUAAAGGCUUUCCCUUAAUUCCUCUGCACGGGAAGAUGAAACAGACUGCUCGGGAGAAAGCAUUGUCAUCUUUCUCUGCACUUUCAAGUGGCGUUCUUCUAUGCACUGAUGUAGCAGCAAGGGGACUAGAUAUUCCUGGUGUGGAUUGGAUCGUGCAGUAUGACCCUCCUCAAGAUCCGAAUGUAUUCGUGCAUAGAGUUGGCAGAACUGCACGGAUAGGAAGGCAAGGAAAUGCCAUCGUAUUUAUCAUGCCAAAGGAAGAUGCUUAUGUUGAGCUUUUGAGUCUAAGAAGGGUGCCAACUCAAGAGAGAAAAUGCUUUUCCCCUGCCCUUGAUGUCAUUCCUUUGAUAAGGGCUGCUGCAAUGAAAGAUCGAGCCAUCAUGGAGAAGGGUCUUAAAGCAUUUGUGUCAUUUAUUCGCGCAUAUAAAGAGCAUCACUGCUCUUACAUCUUCAGAUGGAAAGAACUGGAGAUAGGGAAAUUGGCAAUGGGAUAUGGCUUAUUGCAGAUCCCUUCAAUGCCAGAAGUAAAGCAUUAUUCUUUAUCGAUUGAUGGUUUUACUCCUAUAAAUGAUGUUAAUGUUUCUCAUAUCAAAUACAAAGACAAAGCCCGGGAGAAACAAAGACAGAAGACAUUACAACAGAAGAAAGAAGCAGAAUCUCAACUGCCAAAAUCAGAAACUGACAAGCAAAGUUUUAAACUUGCUCCUACAUUGGUAAGGAAGAAAACUGGAAAGCAGCGAAAAUCUAUUCGAACAAAAGAAGAUGAUGCAGAAUUGGAACGCGAGUACCGGUUAUUGAAAAGACUCAAGAGAGGGGCUAUUGAUGAAAGUGAAUUUGAUAAACUUACUGGGUUUACAGGAUUUGAGGAAGAGGAUGGGGAUACUGAGACUAAUGUACUACAAGUAUCAAAUCUUCCAAAGCACAAAAACAGAAAGCACAAAUUGAAGCAUAAAGGCAGUGUUAAUAGAUCAGCAGUGAAAGGAGAGAAUUCCAAAGAUAGAAAUUUCAAGUCAAAUUGCUUGGCCAAGGUUCAUAAGAAGAGGAAAUGAUAUGUGAUUUGAUUGUGUAGCUUAGAUUAAAAGUUAGUUGUCGCUGCUGAAUAUAAUGAUUUUUAAAUUAGCAGGCAUAAUGGUAACAGGAAUGAUGAGAUGGAUUAUUUUGUUAUAAUUUAAAUUAUUAAUUUUAUUUUGAUUAUUAAAAUAUAUUUUAACUGGUUAGUUUGAGAUA